CUGAAAUAAUGGAAAUCUGCAGGAGCCCUGGAUCCGGCGGAGGGGAGUAGCCGAUGAGCAGCCUCGCCAACUCGGCUUUUCGUCCGCUUUUUUAAAAGAGCAGUUUUCACGAUGACGGAGCGUUACGGUGGUUUCGGUGAAAAGGGAGGGCGGCGUAGCUAAUUGUUUUAUGUAGCUAACAGGCUAGCGCUGGAGCUCUGGUAUGUUAGCUUGUGCGCUAGCAGGCUAGGAGAGAGAGAUCAGGGGGAGGGGAGAGUUCCUUUGCUUUGAAAUUGUUUCAGAUCGGCUAGCUGCCAUUAGCAUUAGCACACCAGGGACUAAGCUUUUUCUAGGGGGGUGAAGUUUUUUUUUUUUCCUUUUGAAUAAGUUUUCCAGCUCGUAUUUUUUUCUUUAUUGGACACAGAACUUCUGUGGUGUUUGAAUCGGCGUUGGUGAAAGCAGGUCAUGUAAGCUGCGUGAUGUGAGGGUAACGUAGCAGCCAAAGCUUGCGGCUAACCAGACCAGACAAUACAUCUGAAAUAGAUUUGAUGAAUCCAGUACCUAGUCGCUUACACUUCACGCUGCCGGGCUGCCCGUCUCUCCUUAGCGUAGCCCCGCGGGGCUAGCGGGGGCUAGCGCCGGGCAGAAGUUGUCUGUUUGACUAGCCUUAGCUCGGCGUCAGCUAGCAAGUUGCUCGCAGCGCCUCAGCGGAACAAGUGAGCGUCGCCUCGCCAGCGAGUGGAGGAGAUCGGCUGUCGCCCCCUCGAUGCUGAUUGAGACAAUGGACUUUAACGUGGCAGCCCCGCAGUGAAAGGAUGAGUUCGUGCUUCGUACCGAACGGGGCCAGUUUGGAGGACUGCCACUCCAACCUCUUCUGCCUGGCUGAUUUGACCGGAAUAAAAUGGAGGCGUUUUGUGUGGCAGGGGCCCACCUCUUCGCCCAUCCUCUUCCCCGUGACCGAGGAGGACCCGAUCCUGUGUAGUUUCAGCCGAUGCUUGACUGCGGAUGUGCUGAGUGUGUGGAGGAGACACCACACCCCGGGUCGCAGAGAGCUCUGGCUCUUCUGGUGGGGGGAUGACCCCAGUUUCGCCGAGCUCAUCCACAAUGAGCUCUCAAGUGAGGAGGAUGGCGAGUGGGAGAGCGGCCUGUCCUACGAGUGUCGAACGCUCCUGUUCAAAGCCAUCCACAACCUGCUGGAGCGCUGUCUCAUGAACAGAGGCUUUGUUCGCAUCGGGAAGUGGUUCGUUAAGCCGUACCAGAAGGAGGAGAAGACCAUUAAUAAAAGCGAGCACCUAUCUUGUGCAUUCACCUUCUUCGUACACGGAGACAGCAACGUGUGCACGAGUGUGGAGAUCGCUCAACAUCAGCCUCUUCAGUGGCUGAGCGAGGAGCAUCUCAGCCUCGCCCAGCAGAACUCCAGCCCCUUGCAAGUCAUCCUGAGCCCAUAUGGCUUAAAUGGGACCCUCACCGGCCAGGCUUUUAAGAUGUCAGACCACCCCACGCAGAAACUCAUUGAAGAGUGGAGGCAGUUUUAUCCCAUCAGCACCAGUCCCAAGGAGGCCCAGGAAGAGAAGAUGGAGGAAACGGAAUGGGAGGACGAUUCCCUGGCGGCCGUGGAGGUUCUCGUUGCGGGGGUGAGGAUGGUUUACCCUUCCUGCCUGGUGCUUCUCCCCCUGUCGGACCUCCCUGCUGUGGUCCCUCAGGGCUCGGCCAACACCUCAGGAAGCCUGUGUGGUGCUCAGCAGGGCCAGGCUGCUCACAGAGAUCCUGCCAUGUCCUCUGUCACUCUGACUCCUCCAACAUCGCCAGAGGAGGCUCAGACUGAUUAUCAGCCUGCCCAGAGGUGGCUCAAGCUGUCCUCUGCGUCCGAUGGCUACUGCUCUAACAACACUCUUCAUGGGGGUAAAAUCCCUCGUCGACUGGCCAGCCAGAUGGUGGAGUCUGUGUGGCAGGAAUAUAGCAUAAACCGCACAGGGAACAAGAGGAAGUUUACUACCUUGACAAAUGGGUCCUGUGAGGAGGAGUUAGACAAAAAUGGACUCUGGGAUUUUGUGGAGUCAACUCACAGGCCGCAUUGCAAUUGCUCCAGACAUAAGAAUCCGAAACAGAGAUCCAACAGCACCUCAGGACACCCGCCAUCAUCGGGCCAGCCCGCUCAGCCGGCGCCCAAGCACAAGCUGGGCGAGAAGCUGGAGAAGGGGGAGAAGCAGCAGAGGAGGCCGCAGACGCCGUUUCACCACCGCAACUUCGUGAGUGAUGAGCAGUCCAUGGAGCCACAGAACCAGAGGCUUUGUCUAAGAUCGCAGGAGGAGGGCUCAUACCCCAGUCUGCACCACGUGGACACGGCGCCCUCCAAAGCCCCGACGCUGCACACACACGGCCCCCCUGCAGACCACGGUGGAUCCCCACCUCCACCGCCUCUCAGCCCGCAUCCAUGCGAUCACGGCGAAGGUGACAUGACUCCAGGUGGGAUAAAGAGCUCGUCCACGCCCAUCCACCAACCGUUCUACCCGCCGUCUGUGGAGCCGUGUCUGCUUCCACAGAAGGGCUCAUCUGAGGAGCCUCAGCUGGAGACCAUGACUAUGCCUCUGCCUUUCCCCCCAGCAUACAACGAAACCUUAGAACCUACUGUUUUCAUAGGUUCAGCCAUUAACCCCAACGAAGACUCUACCCACAACCCCUGGAAGUAUUUCAACCUGCCCAGGAAGAAGGCGUCCAACUUCCUGACACCUCAGCUACCUGUGGAUAAAAUACGAGAGGAUUCUUGGAGAGGUGGAGGAACAGAAAAUGUCGUUUCUGUAACUGAGUUGAUGGCGGGCACCACGCAGCAGCUGAAGGUUUCCGAAGAGCUGAUCAAGACUUACGCCCAGCGAAGAAACAGCCACCUUGCUCCCUCCAGGGGGGACGAAGAUCACAGUGAUGAGCCCGACCCUUACGCCUUCGUGGAGGGAGACGAGGAGUUCACCUUCACAGAGAAAAAGGACAAGGCUGGAGCUGAUAGAGAUGGCAACAAGAAACACAAGGGGGACGAAGGAGGUGGAACUUCGGGAGAUGAUGGUCAGGGUCCGCCAGGCAGCAAACCCUUAGCCUCGAUCAGCCUCAUCCAUGAAAAUGACUUGGCUGUCUCCUACAGUGACCUGGAUAAAAUCUUCAAUUCAGAUGAAGACGAGCUGGCACCUGGAUUCAAAAGAGCUGGAGCUGGAGCAGAGGACAAGUUUGGCUGUAAAGAUCCUAAAACUGCCAUGUUGGACCCGCUGUCUUGCAUAAGCUCAGCGGAUCUGCACAAGAUGUUCCCGACGCCGCCUUCCCUGGAGCAGCAGGGUUACUCCCCCAUGAACUCCGGGAGCAAGGAUAGUCUGGAAGCAGGGGCAACCAUGUUGGACGGCAGCCAGCUCAACAGUCACUUCAAGAUGGAGGUGGAGGAGGGAUUCUGCAGCCCAAAGCCAUGUGAAAUAAAGGACUUUUCGUUUGUGUACAAGCCGGAAACGAGUCAGGCGCUCAUCGGCUGUUCCAUGUACGCCCCCCUGAAGACCCUACCCAGCCAGUGUAUGAUGCCCAUCAAACUGCCAGAAGACUGUGUUUACACUCGCAGCUGGACAAUGGGAAAAAUGGAACUCAUACCCCCAGUGACAAACGUCAAUCUCCUCACCAAAGACAGUAACGUGCCCAGUGUGGAGCCAGACUACAGUCAGACAUACACCCCCCAGACCCACACGCCCUUCAUGUCCACCAGUGCUCCUCCCAGUAACAGCGGCACAGGCAUCCUGCCCUCUCCAGCCACGCCUCGCUUCUCCGUGCCCACCCCUCGCACGCCACGGACUCCACGGACCCCCCGCGGCCCGUCCAGCGUGCAGGGCUCUCUCAAGUAUGACAACUCUGACCUUUACUCCCCGGCCUCGACACCCUCCACCUGCAGACCGCUCAGCUCAGUUGAGCCGGCCACUGUACCAUCCAUCCCAGAGGCCCACAGCCUCUAUGUCACCCUCAUCCUCUCCGAGUCGGUCAUGAACCUCUACAAGGACUGCAACUUCGACAGUUGCUGCGUAUGCGUCUGCAACAUGAACAUCCGAGGGGCGGAUGUGGGAGUUUACCUCAAGGAUAACGGCGAGGCCCAGUACCCCUGCACUUGUGGCUUCAGUGCAGUCACCAAUCGGCGCUUUGGACAGUCAGCCGGGCUCUUCCUGGAGGACGAAUUAGACGUGGUGGGACGGGGCUCAGAUGCGAGUCGCGACACAGAGCGGUCCUUCGAAGAGCUCCGAGCUUCCACCACGCACAAGGCCGGCAGUCUGAAGGAGAAGCCUCCAGAUGAGCUAAUCCUUCUGCUGCAGGACCAGUGCACCAACCCAUUCGCCCCAAUUUCCGGUGUUGAGUACCCCAAGCCGACCUCAGCGCCCAGUUCAUUCCUGAGGGUCGAAGAGAGAGACUGUUAUAACGACUGCUACAUGGCACUUGAGCAUGGCAGACAGUUCAUGGACAAUAUGUCAGGAGGAAAAGUGGAUGAAGCACUAGUGAAAAGCACCUGUCUUCAUCAGUGGCCAAAAUGCAAAUCCGCGGAUAUGAGCAAGCUCUUCUCUCAGGACGUCCUGCGGGUGUUGCUGUCCCUCCAGCCUGUGCUGCAGGACACCAUCCAGAAGAAGAGAAGCGUUCGCUCCUGGGGGGUUCAGGGACCGCUCACCUGGCAACAGUUCCACAAAAUGGCCGGGAGGGGAUCAUAUGGCACAGAUGAGUCUCCUGAGCCUCUGCCCAUCCCAACCUUUUUGGUGGGUUAUGAGUACGACUUUGUUGUGCUGUCUCCGUUCGGCUUGCCUUACUGGGAGAAGCUCCUCCUGGAUCCUUUUGGCUCCCAGAGAGAUGUGGGAUAUGUCGUCAUCUGCCCGGAGAACGAGGCUCUGCUCCGCGGGGCCAAGUCCUUCUUUAAAGAUCUGAGUACUAUGUAUGAGGCAUGCCAGCUUGGGCAACACAGGCCCAUCUGUAAGAGUCACCCAGAGGGCGUUUUGAAGGUCGGCACCACAGAAAGCCGGAGCAUGACAGAGCAGCCCCUCAGUGAUUGGUUCCUUAAGAUGGCUACAAGAGACGCAAACAAUGAAGCCUUUAAUAAGCUCAAAUGCUUUGCUCAAGUGUGCCGCUAUGAUCUAGCCCCGUACUUGUCGGAGCAAUCUUUGGAUAGUUCUCUAUUGUCCCAGCGCUGCCCCCCCGUGGUCAUCUCCCCCCAGACCCCCAGCUCUUCCAGCACCUCCUCAGGACCCCAGAGCACCACCACUACCAGCUCCAGCACCAGCUCUGCCCAGCCUGCCCAGCCAGCCCAGCCAGCCCAGGUCAACAGCACCCCUUCCUCCACCUCCUCAGGCUCCCAGACCAUCGGUGGAAUUGCGCCGGCCAAGCCAAGCUCUUACUCGCCGUUUGGGACAACAGGCUUGCAGGGGGGCACGUCUCAGAACGGACCCCAGGCCAACCAACAGGGUGCCGUGGGGCCGGCAGAAAACGGAUCCUCAGCCAAUCAGGCUCAAUUGUCUGCUGAGACCAUAGAGAGCACAAUGGAUAGAGACAAAGUGGGCAAGCCCACGGACGGAGAGUCCCACGCUGUGUCUUACCCGCCCGCCAUCGUGGUGUACAUCGUCGACCCCUUUAGUUACGAGGACGCCGACAGAGAGGUCCACUCCAGCACCUACACACUGGGCCUGCUGCGUUGUUACAUGGAGAUGCUCCAGUUCCUGCCUGCUCAGAUCAGAAACGCUGUCUCAGUACAGAUCGUUCCCUGUGAGUAUCUCCUGCAGCCGGUGCACAGCGGCGAGCGUCACCUCUACGGGCAGCUCCUGAAGUCUCUGGCCUUCUCCGUGUUCACUCAGUGUCGGCGGCCUCUGCCCAACUCCACCAACUUCAAGGCUCUGACGGGCUUCGGCCCCGGUCUCGCGAUUGACAUGGCUCUGAAAGACCCUGAGAGGCCUGAGUGUGUGCGUCUGUAUACGCCGCCCUUCAUCCUGGCUCCAGUGAAAGACAAGCAGACGGAGCUCGGGGAGACUUUUGGCGAAGCGUCCCAGAAGUACAACGUCCUGUUUGUCGGCUACUGUCUGUCUCAUGACCAGCGCUGGCUGCUGGCCUCCUGCACCGAUCAGCACGGAGAACUGCUGGAGACCUGCAUCAUUAGUAUCGAUGUUCCCAACAGGGCUCGCAGGAAAAAGGGCUCAGCCAGACGACUGGGUUUGCAGAAGCUGUGGGAGUGGUGUCUCGGCCUGGUGCAGGUGACAUCACUACCAUGGAGGGUGGUCAUUGGACGGCUUGGUAGGAUGGGCCACGGCGAACUGAGAGACUGGAGUAUUCUGCUGAGCAGAAGGAACUUACAAUCCCUCAGUAAGCGUCUGAAGGAGACAUGUAGGAUGUGUGGUAUCUCUGCUGCUGACACUCCCAGCAUCCUUAGCGCCUGUCUGGUUGCCAUGGAGCCCCAGGGUUCCUUUGUCAUCAUGCCAGACUCUGUCUCGACUGGUUCAGUGUUCGGUCGCAGCACCACGCUGAACAUGCAAACAUCGCAGCUGAGCACUCCUCAGGACACGUCCUGCACACACAUCCUGGUGUUCCCCACCUCGGCCAUGGUGCAGGUCAACACUAACACUGCAGAGCCCAUUGACAUCAACUUCAAUCCCAUAAAUCCUGAUGGAUCGGAUGGAAUGGGAAUCUUUGACCUGUUUGACAACGACAUGGUGGAUACCGACCUCAUCAACAUCCUGCCCAACUCCCCCACUACCUCCCCCGUUCACUCUCCUGGCUCCCACUACCACCAGGGGGGAGAUGGAAGCAAGGGUCAGAGUGCGGAUCGUAUGGAGUCCCAUGAGGAGGCUCUGAACAUCCUGCAGCAGCCGAUGGCUCUGGGCUACUUCGUCUCCACAGCAAAGGCUGGACCACUGCCGGACUGGUUCUGGUCGGCCUGCCCUCAAGCCCAGAACCAGUGCCCACUCUUCCUCAAGGCCUCUCUGCACCUGCAUGUGUCUUCUGUCCAAUCAGACGAACUCCUGCACAGUAAACACUCCCACCCGCUGGACUCCAACCACACCUCUGAUGUGCUCAGAUUUGUUCUAGAGCAGUACAACGCCCUCUCCUGGCUGACGUGCGACCCUGCGACCCAGGACCGCCGCUCCUGUCUGCCUGUUCACUUUGUGGUGCUCACCCAGAUGUACAACUUUAUCAUGAACAUGCUCUGAACUCUAAACGAGAUCAAACCGCUGAGAUCAGAUCGAACUGUGGAUCCUCGACACUCAAAGGACCUCACACUCCAUCAGGGCAAAUACGGAGGAAGCGUCUCUUCUUCUCCUCCUCCUCUUCUUCUUCCUCCCUGAUGUAUCUUAAACAACACUGACUGACUGGAAGUCUCCAAUCAACCAAUCAAUCAGAUGCCAAGAAUCCAUUUUAGCAUUUUGGAAGAUUAAGGGACGUUUCAUAAAGGAGAAUAAAUUGUCUUUUUAAUGACUGUAGAUUGCAAUCUAUAAAUUUUAUCUUAAUGAAAUGCCUGCAUAUAUUAUUUAUUGUAAGUUUUUAAAUGUGGAAUUUUUAAUGCUUAAUAUCUUUUAUAUAUUACAAAUCCUAGAGGGUGUGUACAUCUCACUGUAAAGGAAUUGGUUUCAAAAGUGUAAUUUUCUCAAUUACAACACAGACAAACCUGUUCAAGUGAAUUUGCUGUAGAUUGCUUUUAGAAUAUUAUUUUUUCAAAGGGUACAGACCUUUUUAUUGACAUGCUGUAAAAAUGAAGUAAACGCUGGCCUGGGCAUUUGCAUCCCACCCGACGAGUGGAUGAGACUUUACCUCUCUGUCUGCUUCAGCUCCAGAGUCUCUCGCACAGUAACUCAAUGAGCUCUGAAGAGGAAUUAAAAGGUACAUUGUCAGAUUAUAUAUUUUAUAUAACAGAUUUAGGUAAUUGUGUGUGAGUGUAUAUGUGUACAUAUAAUUGUGUGCCGCUACUGAUGGUGCAGCUUCUGUUUUAGAAUUAAAGUGCGUCUACAUUAUAUCA